AUGGACCCACAUGGAGCUAUACAAACUUUGUGCACGAGGCAGGAUAAACAUCGUUCAAGUUUGCUUUUGGAUGCUCAUUUGGAAGGCGAGGAAGUACCAGGUGUAUUGACUUGUCGUAACCGAGACAAAGGUUUGCUUGAAGGAGGGGUAGAUGGGUUAGAUCCACGAAUUCUCGCUUAUAUCACUGAUGCGGGGUUAGAUGGGCUGCUUCGGGUCCCACAUAUGGACAUUGACCACGCAUUGAUCACAGCGUUGGUGGAGAGAUGGCGCCCGGAGACGCACUCAUUUCACUUGCCCCACGGUGAGAUGACCAUCACACUACAAGAUAUGGAGGUUAUAAUGGGGGUACCUGUAGAUGGCUUGCCGUUGGUGGAAUCUAUACCCUCGACCAGUUGGCAUGACGUCUGCAGAAGAUUGCUAGGGCGUAUACCGCCACAUAGAGAACUUAGAAAGAACAGAAAGAACACCGGAGUGCUGGAAGGGGCGAGCAUAAAAGCCAAAUGGCUUGAGGAUCAGUUUCGCGACCCUCUCCCGGUUGACGCCCCUGAGGCGCUGGUGCAGAAGUAUGCUCGUUUUUACAUAUUGGAGUUGUUAGGUGGUACCCUAUUUAUGGAUAAGUCUGGAGAACGGAUCUCAGUUAGGUAUUUGCAAUAUUUCGAUCCAAUCAGCAAUGGAAAGAAGUAUAGUUGGGGUAGUGCAGCACUAAGUUGGCUCUAUAGACACCUCUGUAAGGCAUCAGAGAAGACAGCCAAGCAGAUUGGGGGUGCACUACUAUUGGUGCAGUUGUGGGCGUGGGCGAGGUUUCCCCACAUAUGUCCUGUGAUGAGGCAUCCACACCAGGCACUGCCUCCAGGUCCACUUGCUGUCAGAUGGAAAGGGGCUAAGAUAACAACUGAACAUUCGAUGCACGUCCUACAUGCCUAUCGUGUGUCGCUUACUUCACUGCGGCCAAAUCAGAUUGUUUGGGAGCCGUACAGAAAUUAUUUGCGUUCUCUACCCGCAUACUGUACGGCAGGCCAACGUAUAUGGAGGUCUAUUGUGCCGCUGAUACAUUUUUGGGUGGUUGAAGGCCAUCAUCCCGAACGUGUUCUCCGACAGUUUGGGAUGAAGCAAGGCAUACCACAAGAUGUUGAUACUUCAAUUGAACUGCACAAGAUCACCCUCCAGGGCAAGCACGAAAAAGAUUGGGCCCGAAUACAUGCCCCGCAUAUUGCUAAAUGGGCUGCGCACGCCAGAAUUGCCAAUGCACCGACCUUUCAUGGGGAGAUGAACUACAAUGACGAGUAUUUGGUUUGGUUUCGUCCCCGCACUAUUCGCCAUAUUACAAAAGAGACUUCGUACUGGGACACUUUGGUUGAAUCACAGUUGCACAUUAUAACGAAGUGCGAACCAGGGUCUGAGAUCUACACCGACUGUAUUAAUGCCUUGCAAGCUGUUGAAGAGAUCGGUCGGUUAUCCUUGGACCGUGCACGUGUCGUGGGCAACACAAGUUCACCAGCUGCUCCAUGGCACACGAUGAUGCGGGUCCAUCCCAUACGUUUGCCCAGAGAGACACAUUUGGGUCCCCAUCCAUGA